GGCGACGCCCAGGUGACGCUGCGGGCGGUGGAGAGCCUCCUGCACAAGUUCGCGGCGCAGGAGCUGAUCGAGGUGCGCCGGGGGCUGCUCCACGACGGCCCCGCCCUCGUCACCUGCGCCGACCACUCCAAGCUGGCCGCCAUGGCCGCGGCGGCGGCGGCGGGGCGGCGGCGGGGGGCGGAGCCGGAGGGCGGGGCGGGGGGCGGGGCCGGGGAGGGGAAGGAGGCCAAGCGGUGCCGGCGGGCGGCGGCGGCGUCGGACGUGGACCUGGAGAUCGAGAGCCUGCUGAGUCAGCAGUCCACCAAGGAGCAGCAGAGCAAGAAGGUGAGCCAGGAGAUCCUGGAGCUGCUGAACACCACCACGGCCAAGGAGCAAUCCAUCGUGGAGAAGUUCCGCUCGCGGGGCCGCGCCCAGGUGCAGGAGUUCUGCGACCACGGCACCAAGGAGGAGUGCGUCAAGGCCUCGGGCGGCGAGCGGCCCUGCCGCAGGCUCCACUUCCGCCGCAUCAUCAACAAGCACACGGACGAGUCGCUGGGCGACUGCUCCUUCCUCAACACCUGCUUCCACAUGGACACCUGCAAGUACGUGCACUACGAGAUCGACACCUGCGCGGCCACGCCCCCCCGCAGCCCCGCCCAGCCCCGGCCACGCCCCCGCUCCCCGGCCACGCCCACCCGCGGGGCCCCGCCCGACGCCGGCGCCGAUCGCCUCUUCCCACCACAGUGGAUCUGCUGCGACAUCCGCUACCUGGACGUUUCCAUCCUGGGCAAGUUCGCCGUGGUGAUGGCAGACCCUCCCUGGGACAUCCACAUGGAGCUGCCCUACGGCACGCUGACGGACGACGAGAUGCGGCGCCUCAACAUCCCCGUGCUGCAGGACGAGGGCUUCCUCUUCCUCUGGGUCACCGGCAGGGCCAUGGAGCUGGGCCGGGAAUGCCUCAACCUCUGGGGCUACGAGCGGGUGGAUGAGAUCAUCUGGGUGAAGACCAAUCAGCUGCAGAGGAUCAUCCGCACCGGGCGCACGGGGCACUGGCUGAACCACGGCAAGGAGCAUUGCCUGGUGGGGGUGAAGGGGAACCCCCAGGGCUUCAACCGGGGCCUGGACUGUGACGUCAUCGUGGCCGAG